AUGAACAAUGACUCUUGUCUUCCAGAUAAUUCUGCACCUUGCAGUGGACUUGGGUACCCAACCUACGUCGUUAACGCAACAUCUGCAAAAGAAGUCAAACUCGGUAUUGACUUCGCGCGGAAGAACAACAUAAGGCUUACUGUCAAAGCCUCUGGACAUGACUAUCUUAAGAGAUCCGCAGCUCCGUACUCCCUUUCCAUAUGGACGCGCUAUAUGACCGGCGACUUUGAAUAUCACGAUAAUUUCACACCAAAGGGCUGCGAUAUAACCAUCAACACCACGGCUGUAACCGCCGGUGCUGCCUCUUCCGUUAGCGACAUAUAUUCCGACCUCGAUCAAUACAACUUAACUGCCGUCGAUGGCAUGGGCCCAGAAGUGACUUUAGGUGGAUACGCAACUGGCGGAGGACACAGUCCACUAUCGAAUAUCUAUGGGCUAGGCUCUGACCAGGUCUAUGAGGUGGAAAUGGUGACGCCGACCGGUAAGAUCAUCGUGGCAAACGAGUGCAGAAAUCAGGAUCUCUUCUGGGCAGUCCGCGGAGGCGGCGGAAGCACAUAUGGAAUCUUAACAAGAGUCACCAUCCGGACGGUUCCUUCUACCCCGAUCGCAGUCUAUGACUUUACAAUCGAAACACCAGUGAACGAAACCUCAUUCUGGGACAGCAUCUCCUAUCUUCUUGCGCAAUACCCAGCUCUUGCUGACUCUGACGUCGCCGCUUAUACCUACAUCUACCCAAAUACCAGUGCCGCGGGAGUUACAAGUGGGCAGGGUAAUUCGUCUUUCCAGGCUGUGUUCGCACUGUAUAACCCUACCAAUCAACAUGAACUGGAAGAAUUGCUAGAGCCAUUCGUACAGCACAUCAACGCGACAUAUUAUGAUCAGCAACUCAGAACCGAAGUAUCGUCGACUAUCUUCCCGACAUUCUAUGAGAUGUUCAUGAAGUAUGCAGACGACGAAGGAGCAGGCGUAGAUAAGGUAGUUGGAUCUCGUCUUCUACCACCGUCGACUCUAAAGAAAGGUGAAUUUCGGGAUGCAUUGAUUCAAUUUCUUGGAGAUGCAGGUGGCAGGUUGUAUAUGGUUUCUGGCAAGGGUGUGUGGAAUGCAGAGCCGCGUGGUGGUGAUUCUGUGAAUCCUGCAUGGAGGAAUGCAUUGAUUCAUGCAGUGACAUCCCAGUCGUGGACGCCGCUUGACGAAAGAGAGCGAGACACAGUUGAGCAUGAAAUCAACCAUGUGCAGGUUGAAGCUAUGCGGCGAUUGGUUCCUGAUUCUGGUGCCUAUUUAAACGAGGCCUAUUGGGAUGAGCCAAACUUCCAACAAGCGUUCUGGGGAUCGAACUAUGAGCGAUUGCACAAGAUUAAGAAGGCUGUUGAUCCGGAUGAUGUUUUCUGGUGUCAUGUGUGUGUUGCAAGUGAAAGAUGGCAGGAAGUUGGAAACUAUCUAUGCAGAAUUUAG